CAAGGAUUCUUAAAGUGGGCAUUGUAUUGUUCUCUAAUGCAUCGACUUUCUAUAUUAGGUAGUUGCUAAAGUAGCAAGUGAUCAAUCUCGCAAUCCUGAAUUUCACUUCAUCUCCACCGGUUUGUGAAAAUUACAAAACAUUGGCUAGACACCACGAUGAGAAACUUGGGAAAUUUGCUGGUGGUCAUAUGUUUUCUUCUUGGGCAAUGUGGCAUCAUUAGAACGGUGAAGGCAAAGAGCAAUGUUCAUAUCGUGUACCUUGGAGCGAGAAAGCAAGACGAUCCUGCAUUGGAGACCGCUUCGCAUCAUGACAUGCUUGCUUCAGUAAUUGGGAGCAAGGACGCGGCUGCCAAAUCGAUUUUGUACAGCUAUAGGCAUGGCUUCUCUGGUUUUGCUGCAAAGCUGACUGAGUCUCAGGCGCAAGAACUCGCCGAAUUCCCCGGGGUUGUCCGCGUCAUGCCUAAUACCCUUUUCCGCCUGCAAACUACUAGGAGCUGGGAUUUCCUCGGUCUCUCUCCUUCUCAUUCACCCACCAGUCUCCUUUACAAUAGCAGAAUGGGCGAUGGAGUUAUAGUAGGCAUGCUAGAUUCAGGAAUUUGGCCGGAGUCAAAGGCAUUCAAUGAUGAAGGCCUCGGACCAAUCCGGUCACGCUGGAAAGGCGGUUGCGAACCGGCGGAGCAAUUUGAUCCAGCCAAACACUGCAACAGAAAGAUAAUUGGGGCUCGUUGGUUCGUGGACGGAUUCCUGGCAGAGUAUGGAAAACCAUUGAAUGCCUCGGGAGACCGAGAGUUCUUGUCACCAAGAGAUGCAAAUGGACAUGGAACUCACACGUCCAGCACUGCCGCGGGUUCUUUUGUGAGCAAUGUUAGUUAUAAAGGAAUUGGGUAUGGAGUGGCGAGAGGCGGUGCUCCCCAUGCCCGGCUAGCGAUAUACAAGGUGUGCUGGAACGUGCUCGGUGGACAGUGCUCAUCUGCAGACAUAUUGAAAGCAUUUGAUGAGGCAAUUCAUGAUGGAGUUGACGUGCUAUCUCUGUCUAUUGGGGCUGCGAUUCCUCUCUUCUCCGAUGUGGAUGACCGAGAUGGUAUUGGUACCGGUGCGUUCCAUGCUGUGGCACGAGGAAUAACUGUAGUUUGUGGAGCCGCCAAUGAUGGACCGGGGGCUCAAACGGUGCAGAACACAGCGCCGUGGAUACUAACUGUCGGAGCAAGUACCAUGGACCGAGCCUUCCAUACUCUCAUAACCCUCGGAAACAACGAAACGUUAGCGGGCCAAGCCAUAUACACAGGAAAGGAAAUCAGCUUUACGAGUUUGCUAUAUCCGGAAGGCACAACCCUCGACCCUACUUCGGCAGGGACAUGUGAAGGUCUCUCUCCUAAUGCAACACUGAUGGCUGGGAAAGUGGUCCUGUGCUUCACCUACAUGGCACGUAGGGUCGCAGUAACUAUUGCCACAGCAGCCGUGAAGGCAUCUGGGGGUGUUGGCCUUAUUGUUGCCAAGAAUCCAAGUGACGGGUUGGCUCCAUGCAGCGGCGACUUCCCCUGUGUCGAGGUGGAUUAUGAGAUUGGAACCCGAAUUCUGUUUUACUUCCGCUCGGCAAGAUUCCCAACGGUGAAAUUGAGCCGGACUAUAACUGCUGUUGGCAAAGCAGUCCCAGCAAAGGUUGCCUUUUUCUCUUCCAGAGGGCCGAGCUCUAUUUCCCCAGCUGUUCUCAAGCCAGAUGUAGCAGCACCCGGGGUGAACAUACUAGCCGCCACUUCUCCCUUCGAUCCGUCAGAGGACAAUGGAUACGCGAUGCACUCAGGAACUUCUAUGUCGACUCCUCAUGUCGCGGGCAUCGUGGCACUCCUCAAAGCGCUUCACCCGGAUUGGUCACCGGCAGCAGUUAGAUCGGCCCUCGUAACUACCGCCUGGAGGAGCAAUCCGUCGGGUUUUCCUAUAUUUGCCUCGGCAUCUCCUCUGAAACUGGCCGACCCGUUCGACAUGGGAGGCGGCAUUGUGAACCCGAACUCCGCAGCCGAACCGGGUCUAGUCUAUGACGCGGGCAUGCCCGACUACAUCGUCUACCUAUGCGCCAUGGGUUACAACGACACCGAGAUCUCUCAUCUGACCAAUAAACCCACUCCUUGCCCUGCUAGAAGGCCCUCCGUCACCGACGUGAACCUCCCCUCCAUAACCAUACCGAGCCUUAGGAGCUCGGUCACCGUAACCAGGACAGUCACGAACACCGGACCCCCGCGAUCGAGAUACUGGGCCGUGAUUGAGCCGCCCUCCGGCACCAUGGUGACGGUGAAGCCUCGCGUCCUGGCGUUCAAUCGGAAAACCAAGAAGAUGGCCUUCGCAGUCACGGUCCGUGCCGUCGCACCGGUGAACACGGGAUACUACUUCGGAAGCUUGGUUUGGACCGACGGGGUGCAUGCCGUGAGGAGUCCCCUGGCCGUCAGGAUAGUGAACCAAACACCAUUCUAUUUAGCUGAAUAGAAGGUACAAAAGCAUGCUGUAAUCCUAACAAAAGCAAAUACAAAAUCGCGCGUGCUUUCGAUUAACA